AAUUACAAAUUAUCUUUUAUAGAUAUGGUUUAACCACAAAGUUAAAUGGAAAGAAAAUGGCAGCUGCUGAUGCCAAUAACCGUGUUCACCUUUUCCGUCUACAAACGCUUAUCAUAGAUGGCGGACUUCUGAUAUUAAGAAAUAUACUCGACCAGAAUCUCCACGUCCAGAACAUCUCCCUAAGUACAUGCUUGAGUACAGAAAGACCGACAAUUACACGUCUAAAGAGCCGGAACACAAUUACACAAGUCCAGUAUGAUCUACUGUAUCCACCUGCAGGUGGAAAACUUCCAUCGACAGCAGACUUUGACAUCACGCUUAUAAUUUGUCUGCUGAGAAAUCUGAAAACUUGUGGAUUGAACACAAAAUUUAAAUGGAAUGACCCGCUACAGGCAACAGAUACAAGUAUAGAAGCGGAUGUGUUAAGGCUGAAACAUUUUAGAAAUGAGGUUGCACAUAUAUCGACAACAACUGGAAUCGACGUGAAAACAUUCAAUUUAAAAUGGACGGAAAUCGAACAGGUGCUCAAUCGGCUGAAUGUUCUAAAUCCUGUUCAAAACCUGCAACAGCUAAUUAAUGAAUACAAAAACAGUUCUCUUGAUCCAAAGGCUGAGGAAAAGUUACUAAAAGAAAUACACAGCUGGAGAAACAUGGAAAAGGGCUUAGAAACUGAAAUACGUCUUGUAAAGAAAGACGUAUCAGAUGUAAUAAAGGAAGUUGGAAACGUUAAAACAGGAGUUGACAACGUGAAGGAAGAGGUUAACGUAGUGAAGAAAGAUUUAGCACAACAUUUUGGCAAAGUAAAAGAAGAUGUUGACGAAGUGAAGAAAAAUGUAGAAAAAGAGUUUGGCAAAGUAAAAGAAGAUGUUAACGUAGUAAAGAAAGAUGUAGCAAUUGAGGUCGGCAAGGUAAAAGAAGAUAUUGACGAAGUGAAAAAAGGUGUUGCAAAAGAGGUUGGCAAAGUAAAAGAAGAUGCUGACGUAGUGAAACAAUACGUAGCAGAAGAGGUUGGCAAAGUAAAAAAAGAUGUUGACAAAGUGAGGAAAGAUGUAGCAAAAGAGGUUAGCAAAGUAAAGGAAGAUACUGACGUUGUGAAAAAGCACGUAGCAAAAGAGGUUGGCAAAGUAAAAGAAGAUGUGGACGAAGUGAAGAAAGAUGUAGCAAAAGAGGUUGGCAAAGUAAAGGAAGAAUUUGACGAAGUGAGGAAAGAUGUAGCAAAAGAGGUUGGCAAAGUAAAAGAAGAUACUGACGUUGUGAAAAAGGACGUAGCAAAAGAGGUUGGCAAAGUAAAAGAAGAUGUGGACGAAGUGAAGAAAGAUGUAGCAAAAGAGGUUGGCAAAGUAAAGGAAGAUUUUGACGAAGUGAAAAAAGAUGUAGCAAAAGAGGUUGGAAAGGUUAAGGAAGAUGUUGACUUAGUGAAGAAAGAGAUGCACAAUAUGAAGGCUGUAAAAUUUAGAAAGAAAUUUCAAGGAACACCAACACGAGGGAAGAAAAGAAAUGUAUUAAGAUGUUUUUCAUGGUUGCCAUGUCUUCGCCGACAAAUGAAAGAAGAAACAGAAACAAACGGGAUAGAAUAUGAACAGCGUCCGGUUGAAGAGGAAGAUCAGCAUGUUAAGAUGAAAAAACAAGAAACAGAUGUAAGUACGGCUGUACAUACACAGCAUUCGGCGGCGGAAGAGGAAUAUCUUCAAAAGAAAACCCAGCUGAAAGACGAUUUGGCUACCUUCUACAAAACAAGAUACAGUACAAUACCACUGUCACCGCUAGUCGAGGGACACGACACUCCCCUUGUAGAUUUUUACAUUUUGCCUGAAAUGAAUUUCAUUGAAAAGCAGGACAAAAGGCCAGCUGGGGAAGAGAUUAAAACGCCUGUCAAAUCGUUGUCGGACGUAUUCCAGUCUGAAAACAGUUGUGAAAUAUAUUUAACCGCUGAUGCUGGAUUUGGAAAAACUGCAUUUUCAAAAUAUCUUGCUGUCACGUGGUGCCAGGCUCAUCGUCCCGAAAUGAAAUACAAAAAGUACUUCUCAGAAGAUUCGAUAACUGCCAUGCGUGAUUUUGAGUUUUUGUUUCUUGUGUUAUUACGGGAUUCUUCUGAUGAUUGUAGUAUUGAUGAUUUGAUAAUGAAUCAAAUUAUACAAAAUUUGGCACAGUCUUCAAAAAUGACAUUAGAAUCUAUACAGGGAAUUCUGCGCCGGGAACGAUUUUUAAUUAUUUUGGAUGCUCUAGAUGAAUGGGUCCAUCCUGAAAAUAAAUGUAAAAAAAAAGCCAAAAACAAUCCCUCAUCGUAAUGCUCGUGAAAAAUGUGUAAUCCUUACAACAACAAGACCUUGGAAAUUAGGUGUGUUAAAUCUUAAAAAUAGUGAAAUAGGUAAGAAAGUGGAACUAGUAAAACUAACCUCAGAGUCAGCACAGACAUUAGAGGAAAGA